GGCGAUUUAGUUGAAAUCGAAGCAUACAUACUGCAUCACGCACAUUUCAAAUUGUGUUUUGUGGGGUAUUUAUUUUAUUAUUAUUAUUUUGUGUUGGCUCUAUGUUGUUCGAAAUUAAAAAAACAAUAUUAAAGUGGCCGCGCAACGUGAAAAUAAUUAACCUUUACCAAUGCAUUAAUAAUUAAGUGUAAUUUGUUUUGAGUUCUCGUGCUGAUUUUUUUUUUGUUGAACGACCUGCAUUUAUAUAGUGCUCAAAAUUCUAAUCAACACACAUGAUCUCUCUUCGACGGUGAUACGAAGUAGACACGCGAUAUAUUUAAAUUUCAAGGAUUCAAAAAGGAUAUCGAGCAUCCAGCGGCAAUCAUUGUUCAUUGCGUCGAUUUAAGUGAUUGUGUUGUUUUUUUGUUAGAAAAUCGAUAUACGAAACGAAUACAUAUAUCGUCCGAUGAAUGUAAGAGUUACCAAAAACAUAAACCAGAACGAGAAAAUUGAAGGAAAAACUGAAAUGUAAAUUGUACACAGCGUUGAGAGUCGAUUGUUUUUAAAUGUGAUAUGGAUUACAGAAACAGUGCUCAAAACAAACAAAUGGUGUUUUUCAAAUAGACAAAGAAAAAAAUUUUCAAAAUUAUCGUCUGUGUGCAUUAUACAGCAUCAAUAAUCAGACGAAAACGAAUUAUCGCUUUGUUAAAGAGAGUAUUCAGUUUUUGCUCUGGAAUAAAACACAACGGACCCAGAAAAAUCACGCACUCACCAAGCAACGUGAUUGCAUUUCAUUAUUUUUUUAUACGCUGAUAUCAGUUCAUUGCUCGAGACGUGAAUGAAAGCAUCGUAAUCAUAUCUAAAAUGACGGAGUGGUGUCAAAAAUUAUUUAUAGUGUAUCCAAAAGCCAUAGUUCGUAUAGCAAUUGUGAUAGUGAACAACAUUUGUUGUAUACCAACAUAUACAUUAUGGAUGCUUCUGUUGUUACCGCUUAAGCGAUUCAAUGAAAAAUUAUACUACAAAAUAGAGGGAAAAUUUUUCCAUUGGAUAUUGUCGGUGGUUGCGAUGUGGUCGUGGUCGGCCGGCUAUGAUGUGGUCGAGACGGGUGAUGAUUUGACACCAUGUCAAGAGGAGGGCACACGAACACUGCUUCUUGCAAAUCACCAAAGUACCGCGGAUGUUCCAUUAUUUAUGGCAUGUUUUAAUGCUAAACCAGAUGUUUUACCACAUCUUAUGUGGAUCAUGGAUCGUGUUUUUAAAUUUACGAAUUUCGGCAUAGUCAGUGUGUUGCAUAGAGACUUUUUUGUGCAAGCGGGACGAAAAACGCGUGAUGCAACCAUAGAAAAUUUAAAACAUCAUUUACGUGAUACAUUUUUACCGUUGGAGCGACGCUGGUUGGUUCUAUUUCCCGAGGGUGGUUUUCUGCGGAAACGUCUUGAGGUGAGCCAAAAAUAUGCGGCAAAAAAUAAUCUACCCAUAUUGAAAAAUGUGACAUUGCCACGAAUCGGGGCGCUCAAAGCAAUCAUGGAGAUUAUACCACCACGCAAUUCUAUUGGAAAUAAUAAUGCAGCCAAACGCAUCGAAAACGGCAACAACACCGGUCGACCAUUCGGAAGCCAAGAACACAUUUUCCAGUAUCAGAGCAAAAAAGAUGACGACACGGAUGGACCAAAUCUUGAUUAUGUUUUGGACGUUACCGUAGCUUAUCCAGAUCGGAUACCACUUGAUUUACCGACAAUCGUCACCGGCUCCCGACCACCAUGCAAAACACAUUUCCUCUAUCGUCUUUAUCAUUCAUCGGAGAUACCAAAAGAGGAGCAAGCCUUAACACAAUGGCUUUUUGAUCGAUGGACUGAAAAAGAGCAUUUACUUGAAGAAUUUUAUCGAACCGGUCAAUUUCCGCAUGCAUCCGCAUGUCAACCAACCGUUGUCGAACAAGAUCUACUACGAAUGCUAAUAAUUAAUCUAUUCUUUAUGACGUCCUCGUACGUGCACUAUAAAUUAUUUUAUGUAAUUCUAAAUAGCUUUACUCUGUAGUUAGUGCCAUUCAAUUUUAAAAAAAAGGUGAAACACAUGCACACGCACACCAACUGUAUUAAGAGAAGAAAAAACGGGAAAAAUCCUUGUUUAUUUGCAAUGUUUGCGAAUUUUUUUAUGUUCGUACGAAAUGAAUGAUUUUUGUAUAUUUUAGCAAGAACCAAUAAAUUCAGAUCCGCAGUCCGGAUAAGCUUUGUAUAUUUUA